UGUGAGUUCAGACGAAAGUAGGACGUAAGCUGUGGUGAAAGUGAGGCACCGCCAAUAAAUGACAACAACCGGGGCUCGGUUCACCAGUCGAAAUGAAUGGAAGCCGUGUCGUACUGAGAAUGCGCGUGGGUGUGUACGUAGAAAACGUAACAGCCCCUGGAGGAAGUCGUGUAGACUGACUGUCAGUCUUAGACCAAAACAUGCGUCUGCUCCAUACAGCUUUACCAACACCGGUUCACCCAGGACAACCAGCGGGGAGUUAGUUUAGGCAGCGCGGUGUGAUGCGGUACUGCAGCCGGUCACCUGUCAGUGGACAUUCCAGGGAGACCAGAUGGAGUGGGAAUCAUUAGACACCAGACUGGGAGGACCAGCGGGCGACUCUCUUCAACUGUACAACUCAUGUCCAUCAUCAGCUGAGAGCAGAAUCACCGAAUAUGAAUUUUCGUGUCACUGUUGCUACGAUAUCUUAGUGAACCCAACCACACUGACCUGUGGACACAACUUUUGUCGCCACUGUUUGGCUCAGUGGUGGGAGUCAAAGAAGCAGUGUCCGGAAUAUAGGGAAAAGUGGGAAGGCUUUCCCAAAGUCAACAUACUGUUGAGAGAUGCCACUGAAAAACUUUUUGGUGAAAUUGUUCGUCAGAGGAGAGAAGGGCUUCAGGCAAACCCCAAAAUCUCCCGAAGUCUACUGGCCUUCCAGAGAUAUGGUGACAACCUGGGCAGAUCCAGAACAAACCAGUACAAAGGAGCUGGCUUCUUCUUCACUGGUAUCCUAACUGCACUCACAUGUGUGGCUGUGACGGUGAUGGUGUUUCACUGGAGCAGUGGGGCAUCAGAGCAGCACGACCUGCUCAUCAGUAAACCCGUGUCCCACUGGACGGCGGUGGAGGUCAUGACCUGGCUGGAGAACCUGGGGCCCUGGGCCCAGCUCUACAGGGAGGCUUUUCAUCUGGAAAAUGUGAAUGGAAGGUUACUGUUAAUGCUGGGAGACGAGGAGCUGUUGAAGCCCCCGUACAGCAUCGAAAAUCAGGCCCACCGACGAGCUGUCUUAGCCGAACUGGACAGAAUUAAAGUCCUCGGCGUUAAAGCACCACAGAAUCUGUGGGAAUAUAAAGCAGCCAACGCUGGAAAGUCUCUGUUCCUGCUGUAUGCUCUGAAGCGAUCGCCUCGUCUCACGCUCUUCUACCUGUAUCUGUUCGACUACUCGGAAACCUUCCUGCCCUUUUUGCACACCUGCUGCCCAGCCAUCGCACACAUGGACCGGUCGUUGGAGGCCGACUUCCUCCUCUCACAGCCCAGUUGGAGACAGUGGGCAGAGUUUCUUGUGAAGUUCCUCCUGCUUCCAUACCAGCUGAUAGCAGAGUUCGCCUGGGACUGGUUGGACGUUCACUAUUGGACGCCUCGCUUCAUCAUCGUUAAUGCUGUGCUGCUGUCGGUGCUGGAGGGCUGUUCCCUGUGGAGCCUGUGGUCCAGAGUUAGGAUCAGGAACUUGCCCAGCCAGAUGUGGAACCACAUGUGGAAAAUGUUAUCUCAGGGGUUCGCCUUCGCCCUCCUGUGGCCUUUAGUCCCUCAGUUUAUCUGCAACUGCUUCUUUUACUGGGCUCUCUACUUCAGCCCAAUGAUCAAUAUAUACCUGGUGGUCAAGCAGCUCAUGCACCCAGAAACACAGGCGGUGUAAGACAGUGAUGCCUGCUCGAUGGUAUAUCAUUCAAGGCAGAAAAACUGAGUGCAGAAAGCCAGUUGUUUUACAUGGCUUUGGCUUUGCUUUUGGAGGAGGAAACACAAUGACUUCCUGUUUUAUAUCUGUGCCCAGACAGAGGUAAAGAAGCUUCAGCCUGCACAAGCAUCUUGACAUGGAGCAGCAUAAUGUCUGUGAUCCAGCUGCAGUUGGUAAGAUGUUCUGCUUAAAGUGGCUCCCGUUAGCCCUCACCAGCCUUUUAUCAGGAGGAGUUGAGUGGAAUCAGUGUUGACUGAGGAAGAAAGCAGGAAUAUCUUUUUUGGUUGAACAUCUUUUUUUUUUUGCAUUAAACUCUCAAUUACAGGAACUUUUAGCUAGUGUUUAUUUGGUUUUAUAAGUUUAAAUGGAAUCUACAGUCUUAACCAUUGACGUUAAGGGGAGAAAUGAAAAAAGAAACUGACCAAUACUGUACGUAACACUGGAGUCUGUUUUCCGAAGCGUUUUGAUACUUUGAAAUUAAACAUAUUUUUUCUUGCUAUUUAAUAUUGGCAAGUUUUUUAUUUUAAGAUAAAACGCAACUUACGUCGCCUUUGUUCAUAGCAUAUAUUUUCAUGUAGUGAAUGAAAGAUUCAAGGAAAUACUUAUUUUUUUAUAUUGCUUUGCACUUACACAAAUGUAUUCAGUCAUUUUAUUCAUCAUUGUUCUCAAAUAACAGGUAAAUAAAGAUUUUUAAAUCACC